AUGUCAACCAAGGUGGUUUCUAUUUUUUCAUCUCUUGAAUCCUUUACCUGUGGUUACAACUUUGGCUUCAUCGGCGGCAGCGUUGCGUCACCCUUCUUCACGAGCUACUUCAACAAGCCUAAUCCUAACCAAGUGGGCGUGGUUGUUCCUCUAUUCACCGGCGGUGGCUUGUUCGGGGCUUUACUGGCCGGCCCGAGUGCAGAUUGGCUCGGCCGCAGACUUGCCAUCAUUGUCGGCGCCGUUACUUUCAUCCUUGGCGGUCUGUUUCAAGCAGUGACCCAAAACAUCUCAUUCUUGUACUCUGGUCGUGCCAUUGUCGGAUUCGGUGUCGGCUACCUGGUUAUGAUUAUCCCGCUCUGUCAGACCGAAAUUGCGCGUUCCUCAAUCCGAGGUCGUGUCACAGGCUUACGACAGUUGAUGUUGGGCAUGAUUCCACUGGAGAACCAACGGAGGAUACCACUGAAGAUUCAACUCAUCCCCGCCGAUGAAGGGUUGAAGAAACCAGCCAGACUCAUUUCCAACGGCAGCGUAAAUGACGCCUGGGUACAAGAAGAGUACAGUCAAAUCGAACAGGCUAUCUCCACUGAGCACGAGCAAACUGCAAAAGGAUAUAAGGACCUAUUCACAGACAAGAGCAGUUUCCGGCAAAUCUACCGUGUGCUUAAUACCGGCACCGGCGACGCAUUGAUAUACCAGGGCAUCAGCAACAUGCUCUCUGUUCUGGCGCAGGCGUGCACCGUCGCACUGAUCGACCGGAUCGGGCGGCGAUGGCCUUUGAUAAUCGGCAACAUGUUCAAGGGCAUCUGCUGGAUCGUCGUUGUCAUUGCGAUUGCGCUGUUUCCCACCGCCAUACCUUUCACAUGCAGACUUCUAUCAUGGAGCACCCCAGCAGAAGUCUUCGACACAAAGACGCGGUCCAAGGGUAUCUCCAACUGUGGCAUGGUGCCGUUCGCGUUCAAUACUUUUGUCAGCCAGCCGACGCCCAUCACCAUGGCCAGCGUCGGCUGGCGUUUCUUUUUGACAUUCGUCAUCUGCAACUUUACUAAUGCUCUUUUCUUCUGGGCGACGUUACCUGAGACGGCGCGUCGGCCGCUUGAGGAAAUGAACUCGCUUUUCAGCGAGAACGUCUGGUUUGUCGCUGGAGAUCGCGGGAGAGUGAGACUCUCAAAUGAUACGAAUGUUGAGAGAGUCCUCGGCGAUGAGGCGGCUCAUAGUCGCACAGAACAGCUCGAGUGA